AGUGGCGAGACCAGACGCCGGUCUGCCGCCGCGCCUCUCAGACAUGUUUGCGACCGCGCCCGCGACGCAAUGCGCGACUGCGUCUCUCGCACGGCGAUGAGUAGCGACAGUAGCAGCGAGGCCUGCCAGUGAGUGCUCCCGCGCGCCAUGGAGGCCGCAGCCGCGGCGGCGGCGGCGUCGUCGUCGUCGCCCGCGCCCUGCUCCCCGCACCUGAAGAAAGUGCUGAAGACGUACCAGUUGAGCGCCGUCAAGAGCCUACACGGACCGAGCACGGUGCUGGCGUCGGCGGCGGCGGCCACCGUGGGCGACGACGACGACGACGAGGACGACGACCGCCACCGGCGCAGGGGCGACGAAGAGGCGGCGUCGACGUCCUCCUCGGACGCCGGCGGAUUCCGGGCGCCGCCACCGCUGCCCAUCCAGCAGCCGCCGCUGCUCACGGCGCCCGACCAGUCGUGCAGCGAGCGGUCCGAGACGGUGCUCGAGGGGGAGACGAUCGCCUGCUUCGCCGUGGGCGGCGAGAAGCGGCUGUGCCUGCCGCAAGUGCUCAACUCGGUGCUGCGCGACUUCUCCCUGCAGCAGAUCAACCAGGUGUGCGACGAGCUGCUCAUCUUCUGCUCGCGCUGCACGCAGGACCAGCUGACGGAGCUGAAGGAGAGCGGCGUGCUGCCCGCGACGGCGCCGUCGUGCGGCCUCAUCACCAAGACGGACGCGGAGCGGCUGUGCUCGGCGCUGCUGCACCGCGCCGGCCUGCCGCCGCCGCCCUGCAUGCCCGACCUGCUGUCCAUCAAGGUGUACCACGAGUGCUUCGGCAAGUGCAGCGGCAUCUGCACGCCCGAACUGUACGCGCGCGGCAACGCCUACUGCAUCGAGUGCGCAGAGUGCCACGGCAUGUUCUCGCCGCAGCACUUCGUGUGCCACGCGCACCGCGCCCUCGAGAACCGCACCUGCCACUGGGGCUUCGACUCCAGCAACUGGACGCGCUACCUGCACGCGGCCGAAGACCAGGCCGAGCACGAGCGCCUCUCCAAGCUGCUGGACGCCUUCAAGGAGCAGGCGUCCAGCGGACCGCCGCCCGCCUCCCUCAAGCGCAAACAGUUUAAACCCACUUCUGCGACGGAGUAUGGAUUCGAUCCCGUGCUCGCUGCUAGUGGCAGGCUUGGUAAAAGACACAAACCAUUCUGGUAUGAGCCGCUGCAUCACUACAAGUACAAGGAGGCGCCGGCGCUGGACGCGUGCAAGGAGCCGUCGGAGGCGGCGCUGAAGCGCGUGCGGCUGGAGCCGGCCGACUGCGGCGCUGCGGCCGCGGCGGCGGCGGCGGCGCCCGCCGUCUACGCCGUCUACCCGGAGCAGCUGCUGUGGUGCGACGCCUGGGGGCCGCGCAUCGCCUUCCGGCCCUGGCCCCUGCCCCUUGCCGCCACUGCCAAACACAAGGCCGCAGCCCUCGCCGACAGCCUGCCGCCAGUGCCCGCGUACCUGAGCCACAGCCCGCCCGUGCUGCUGCACCCGGAGAGGGUCGUUCCACUGUCCGACAGCGAGCGCUUCGAGCGCAGCUUCCAGCCCAACGUCGCCCUGGCGCCCGUCGUGCGUCCCAGGCACGACGACUCCAAGCCCGACGUGAAAAUGGAAGCUGUAAGUGAUGAGCUGCAUGAAAAGCAAUCUGCUAUAAUAGUGCAACCCAAUCCUGUGCCUGGCCACAAUCUGCAGCUACACUAUAAUCCUGAGAUUGAACUGUCAACUGACACAGAUGAUAGCUUAUCUGAUGCAGCCUCACUGGCCAGAGCAAACAAGGAUUGUGUGGCAGAGGCGUUGGAAGCCGUAUCCGAUGACCUAACAGAGGACCAGCGCAGUCGUGUUGCGAGGGUUGUGGGUCGCAUGGCUGAGUCAAUGGAGCGGCUGAGGUCCCACAACCGACUGCUGGAGAAGGAAAAUGGGCUGCUGAAGCAGAUCCGAAUACUGCAGAGGCACAGCACACCCGCGGAAGGUCAAGAUGGUCCUACGGAAGAGAUAUCAAAAUUGGAGAACGAGUUGGCAGAGGUUGGAAGCAAAAUUCUGAGGUUGGGCUUUCGUCCACAGAAAAUCCAGACUGGUGGCGGCAGCCCUGUGUCAGUCAUAACUUCUCCCCCACUCAUCAUUAAGUCUGAGCCACAAACAUCUGACUGAACCAGUCCAUUGAGAAUCGAAGGGAGUUUCCUCCAAAACUGUAAAAUGGAUAUCUGUUUACAUUUAUUGCUCAUCAAUGUUUAUGGAUUCAGUGUGCCGAGCCAGUAUGCUAUAGUGGGGCAACUAGGUGGAAAGUGAAGACAGUCAUAUUUUGUAUGUAUAAUUGAAAAAUGAAGGGCUUUUGUAUAUUUAAUUUGUACUGCCAGGAUGUCAAGUAAAGGUUUUUGCUCCAAGUAGAUGAAAUAGGACAUCACACCGAGCAUUGAGUGGCAAAGCAAUGCAGUGCCUAAUAUUAUUUCCUGUUUUCUUGAUAUAAGCUUUGUCCUCACGGUAGCUAAAUCUAGGAGGAGAUAUUAAGAAAUUUUUUAAAGAGGUGAAGAGAGAAAUAAACCUACUGGCAAAUAUUUUUAUCAAUUUGAAAGUACAAAACUUAGGUGCUGUAUUUUCUCAGCACCAUUAAAUAUAUACAUGUAUUCUCUUUAUUGCAAAUGUAAGUAAUGUAUAUUCGUGUGCUAGUAUUGAGUAUCAACAGUUUUAUAUCCUGUAAAUGCAGGUAGUUUCAAAAUAAACUAGAAUCUUUAUCUAAAGCAACUUGUAAUGCUGUCCACUACUGUUUGCAGUUUCAUUUGUGAUCUCAGACUAUCUGCUGUUGUCAAGCAGGUAGUUAAAAGUGGCACAACUUUGCCCGCAUUGUGGGCUGAUAAAUUUGUAGCUACAUACAUUUAUUUAUAAGCAUGCAGCUGCGCCAUUCCCUGCUUCAUUAAAGCUGUACAAAAUGUAGGUAAAAUAUUUCCAUUCAAGUAGUGCUUACAGUUCUUACUAUUAAAAUUUCUGAUGUUUUUACAGGGGGGUUCGUACAGUCUGCUCACAUUACUCCCCCAAUCUUUGUCUUUUCUUUACUUUUCUUCUGCUGUUUUCUUCUUAAUCACACAUAACGGACCACUACCAGGACUCCACCAACAACAAAAUCAUGUUAACAACAUUCGCAGCACAAGAAAAACUGGGCCUCUGAUGCUCGAUCACUGCCACAAAUUAUUAUGCAGGACAAAAGUAAUAUGAUCCUUGUGUGACCUGAUUUAAGCAGUGAAUGAUGCACACUUGACAAAUUUGUUUCUGCAAAUCUGUAAAUUGGUAUCAAAUGUACCUGUCUUUGAUAGUCAGUCUUGUAAGUCGUAUAAUUUUGUAACUCAUUUCAAAACCAAACUGAGAUGUUUUAGUCAUUGUGGCUGUAUUGUAGCUACUCACUAAACUAAUCAGCAAACCACGUGCAUCAGCACAAUUGUCAUGAUACCACUUAUGCUUGUUGAAAACAAUAAGUGAAAUGUGAUAUGUGCACUUCCAGAUGAAUGAAUGUUGUUCAGAGACUCUGACCACAUUCAUUUUUGGGUAAGCACAUCAAAUGAAAUGGGAAAAAAAGAGAAUAAAUAUAGAUUAAGAUGUAUGAAAACAUAUCUCUCUCUCUCAGUAUCUGUGUGUGUGUGUGUGUGUGUGUGUGUGUGUGUGUGUGUGUGUGUGUAAGUUAUUAAGUUUUUGAUAUUUUACACUGAAAAUUAUUUUGCUCAUAUAACUUAUUUAUUUUCACUCAUAUCCUUGCAUUUCCUGCCAUGUAAUAUGUUGCUAGAUUUUUUUUUACACAAUCAAUAUUGAAAAGGUACCUGUAGAUUCAUUAUUCGUUCAGUCUUAGUUCUGAGGUGAUACAAUGUAACACUGCUGUAAAAAAAAUAAAAAUAAAAAAAAAAAUCUGUGUGUUUAAUUCUGUAUAACAAGGUAUUCCAGCAACAGUUCAAAGUUCUGAUGAAAUAAAAAGGAAAUGUUUCUUGUUAAAGUGCUGCAGGGAGCUUAAUUUUACUGCACAAGGUAUGCUCAUGAAAUGUCAGAUUGUAAUAUGUUGAUUCUUCUCUGCUGAAAUGGACAAACACAUUGUACAAUGGACCAAACAAAGUGUCUGGUUGUCAAAUUACCCAACACAUUGUAUGCAUGAAUUUGAGUAAACCACAGAUUGUAAUGUCAAUGCUUAAAAAUUAAAGUAAUCAAAGUGUAGGAAAGUGUACUUAAUAUUAUAUGUUUUGCUGUUAUAUGUAAGAAAAUGCUUAAUUUAAAAAUGUUUUAAAGCCUUCAUCACCUUGUUGGUCUAUUAAAAUUUGUAUGCUGUCUCCCAUUGUGCCUUAAUGUUGUCUUACGUGUUUGUUAUGUACAGUUUACUGCCAAGUGCAAUAGAGAAGACAUUGGGAUUACUGAGUUCUUUACUCUUGUCUUGGAUUAAAAAGAUAAUUUGUCUGUAAGAACUGCUUGCAGUAUGUGAUUCAAUGGAAUUGGCAAAAAUUAAGUUCCUUUGUAUAGAUUCAUGAUGCUUGUGGAAUGCAAACAAUGAAGAAUAUGGAAAAAUUGAAAAGCAUUUUUAUUACUUCUUAUAUACUCUUUGGAAGCAUAAGGUUACCUCCUUAAUAUCUGUACAAGGCCAAGGUAUACAAGAAACUUACACAUCCUGUUGUACAUCAGAUUUAUGUUAUAUACUCUUAGGCAACUAUUUGAUAAUUUUUGCUAGCUUUCAAACAUGUAAAGUACUUCCUUUGACCUUGUACAAACAAAGAUGUUUAUCAGCAUAGUUCAGAUUUCCUUGUAAACAUACAUGUUGUCAUACAAAAGACAUGGGGAAACGUGAAACACCACUGCCAGAAUAAUUUGCAACAAGUGACAGUAUUUUAAUAUUGUUACAGUUUUCUUAUUUAUUCUUUUAUUAAGUACCAGGAGAACAUUGACAGUAAGGAACACUUAAAAUCAUCACGAAAACAAAGUAUCAAAGAAUAGCCCAGCUAAACCAAAUAAGUUGGUUUUAGAAGAAUGUGUAAGGUGCCCCAAUAAUUGUUGUGAAUAUGAUCUGUGGAAAUGUGAAAAUAUGGGACAGUAUUCACAUUCCAUGUAAGGGCAGCUAAACAACUAGUGUAAAUACUUGUUGUUAAAUAUUUCAGAAUUGUAUUAGCAAAACCCUUGCUGAUGUUUUAAUGUGGCUUUUGAGUAUUGCAGUUACUUUCUUUUCAAUGAAACUAUUCACUUUCUGUAUUUGGCUUGUAAUACUUUUAACAUGUUAUAUACAUUUCUGCCCCCACCUACCCAAAAUAAUCAUGGUUAGUAACUAGUCAAAAUAAUGCAAGGUUUCAUGAUAAACAUCAUAUUCCAUUUACUAUAAACUGUGAGCUACAGACUCACCCCUCCCCUCCCCCAAAUGUAAAGAUCAUACCAGGACAAAAAUAAAAAUUGAUUGUGAUAGAAAACCAUUCAAAAGACGUGUGCUUCUAUGAGGAAUAUAUGGGAGACCAGUAACUAAAAUGGAAGGAGAACUGGAAUAAUUCAUUAUGAAAUAAAACUUUCUAGACAGACAAUUCCAUCAUGGUUUUCUUUUCACAAUGUGCAUAUCUUUAACCAUGCACUCUUUUUGUAAUCACAUCACAAGUGUCAUUGCCACUCCUGUGGUGUAAUAGUCUUCCACCUAUGCCUCAAGAGCAAUUGCAGCAGGUUUUUUCAGAUGUUCCAAUUAUAUUUCUCUCUGUGCUUAUCCCCACUAAAUAUGAUUCUAACUUCUCAAGAGAUGACACAGCACACACACUCUUUUAUGCAGAGAUCUUAAUGUACAAAUGGAUGUUAUGUAAUUAAUAUAUGCUCUUUUCUGUUUUGAUCCUUGUUUCUGGUUAAUUGUGACCAUGAAAUAGCAUUACUUGUUUCAUGCUAUUCAAUGUAAGGAAUAAUUGAACUGAUUUUAAUCCAUGUUGGAAUCAUGUUUUGUACAUAAUUUUUACAGCUUUGUGGAGAUUAAAUAAAAAUGUUUUCACUUACAAAUGA